AUGGAGGAUAAUGACAUUACACAAUUUUCUACUCGUCCAGCCUCUGCUUACAACAUUUUACUUGAGUAUCAGUCACAAAUCCGGCAAUUAGUCUCUGAUGGCGAUGUUCGAUGUAUAUUACGACCAAAUGCGAUGGCAGCUUAUUGUGAGCAAUUACUGAAAACGCGAUCGGUGGACGAGUUAUCCCUGCCCUUUGGAGAAUUUCAUCGUCAAGAACUUCUUAAGGCCAAAUCUAUUGGACGCACUAAAUUUGAAGUAUUUUGGAAUGAGGUUCAUAAAUACAUUAUCCAUGCUAUGAGUGCCAUCGAUGAGAUGACAACAGGUCAAAUAUUGAGUUUAAUAUGCCAAGCUAAUGAUAUUCCUUCAUCGGUCACGUUUCGUGUUGAUUUUCCAUGUCCACCGCCUUCCAGCUGUUUUAUGAUGUAUUCAAAGCAAGAGCUUUUCCUCAAUAAGCAACUUACAGAUGAAGAAAUCAAGGGACGAUGGGAUGCUAUGCUACCGAAACAUCGCAUACCUCUCUUCGAACAAUAUAAGCUCGAGCUAGCGGCAUUCGUUGAAAAUUUAAAUAACUUCCUGCUCCAAACCUCGAAUCUCAGCGAAAAACAAAAACUGCACACUAAGGAUAUCAUGAAUCGCACUUCGGCAGCAAUUGACCAGGUCAAUGAAAUCCUGAAGAAAUUGCGUAUGGAAGAUUUGGCAAAAUCUACUUCUGCUCUGGAAUGUUUCAAAGAGAAAGUUGGCACUUACUACAACGACAUCAUAGACGACGCCGAGAGGGAAGAAAUAAUUCAAAAGGAAUUUAACGCUCUACCGAAACGGGUAAUUGCAUGGUUGUCCAGUGCACAUAACGAGGACUGA